CUUACAGUUUACAACCGACUGUGUUGAUCUUCCGACUUUCCGAGUCAGAAAUCCAACCUUGACGUUAGUUCCAGUUGAAAGUUCAGACUCGGAGCUCAUAAAUUCCUACCUCCAAGAACAACUGGAACGUAACAUUAGUCCACUCACAGAAGACACUUCUGUGCAGCUGUGGUAAACAGAUUUUAGUUGUUAAAGCAGAUCGUGAUGAUAAGGAGGGUAAAUGUCGAUUAUAUAUGUGCACACACAAACACCGGCCACCCCCUUUAAAAACCCCGGACACACCCCUGUUGUUGCACCAGGUGUGCCUCCUCCCUCCACCUGUACCUGUAUCUGUCCCUGUCAGUGUCCAAGGGAACCCUGCGGGACCUGCAGCUGGCUCUGCAGCUCAAGAUCGAGGAGCUGCGACAGAGAGACUCUCUGAUCGACGAGCUGGAGCUGGAGCUUGACAGCAAGGACGACCUGAUCCGACAGCUUCAGGUGGAGCUGGACCGGCACCGCAACGCCAAUGUGCAGACCGCCAAUGCCAGGGAGGUGGCCAGUACAGGUGUGUGAGAGCAGCAAACACACCUGUGAGUGAGAGUGGGCGGACUGUCAGUGAAGGUGUAACAAACACUGAAGUCAUGAACAGGAAUCAGAGCGAGUAUUUCUGAUUGCUUUUUGUCUCAGCUGUGAUUUUUCUUCCUUUUAUUCUUUCAGGAAUAAAAACUAAAGUGAGGAAACGCUGAAUCAUUUAUUCACCCUCUUUCUGUAAAGUCCGACACAGUCCUGCCAAAAAUAUCCACCCAGAGCUGAUGAUUACAUAUUUAUGAUGUUCCUGCACACCUGCAGUGUUUUUGAGCUCUGCAGGGUCAAACUUUGAGAUAUUUUCAUAUUUAGUAAACGCCCAGAACCACAAAUCUACACAGAAUCCUUAAAAACCACAAACAGAGGAAUAAUUCCAACAAUUUAGAUUAGAAAUUAUGAUAAUUUUUGACUCUGUGUUUAAUCUGUUUUUAUAAAGUACACACUAUAAAGACGUAAAUUUUCAGCGUUGUUUUAAUGAUCAUCUCUAUCGUUCUCUUUGUGCCUAUAAACCAAUCUAGUGUAAAUAUGUCCAGACUUCAUCCCGACCAGUUUUCUGAUCGCUGUAAUGCCGAAGAUUGCUUUGCUCGUUUUGUUCUAACUGUAAAUCCAACCCGUUCUGCCAGUACGAGAGUCACCUUUUUAACCUUUUCCCUCAGUCAGAAUGUUUACAUGACACUCGAGAAAACCGAAUUAUCGCCUUAUUUCGAUUAAGACUGGACAACUGAAGUGCAUGUAAACACUUUUAAUCCGACUAUAAUCAGAGUUUGAGAACUCCGAUGAAGACACCCAGAUAAUGCGAUUGGAAUUUGAUUUUCUCUACCAUGUAACCAGUGUAGUCGGAGUAUGAUCGGACAGCGCAUGUGCGCCACGCCCCCAUAACCCCCUAACAAAACCACCAGAGAAGAGGAGUAGCGUGCGUCUCAUCUGCAGAAAAAGUAGCGCAUCCAUCAUGUAGGACAAAAACAACACUAUAGGAUGCUCCAUCUUCUUGCUCCAAAAUGCCCAGCAGCAGUUGUAGACCAUAGAAUGUAUAUAGAAUGGACGCCGUCUGCCUCCUCGCUUGGUGAAGCCACUCCGAGAACAGCACCCUCUGUUGAUGGGCUGCAGUAUAAAUCAUAAAUCCUGCCUCCUCCAGCAAAGCUUAUGGAGCUGUGGACAAACUUUACAAAUUAAUGACACAGAAUAUAAAUGUUUCUCCCCCCUGCUUGUGAUGUUGACAUGUAGUUACUGUUUUUCUGUCCAUUUUUAAAAGUUAUUAGGGGUUUCAUGUUUUCUAUGAUUGACACUUGAUACAGCUUAUGGGUGUCUGAAGAUAGCAUAGCUCACCCGGGGGAUACGCUGUUUGAGCAGAGCGUCAUCACAGCGACUCUCUGUGACUCUCCUGCUGAAUGCGUACAACGCUACUGCGCAAUGUUGGUUUCAGGAAAUGGAGAAAAAUCGCAGACAUACCGAGAACUUUUCAGCUUCAAGUCUGUAUACUGGCAGAAGGCGGAACCAAGUUGUCCAUCCUAUAUACAGUCUAUGUUGUAGACACUUCUGGCGUUUGGCACAGACCUGCUGUUGUUGUAGACGGUUGUAUGGGGUCGGAAACAGCGUUGCUGAAAAGACCCAUAUCGCCCCCUAGUUUUGGGAAGGAGGACACGUUCACGUCAAUAAUUUGAUUUUCUUAGCAGCAUGUAUAUAAGGACAAGGAGAGAAGUCUGAUUCUGCAGAAAAAAAAGAAGUAUGAGUUUAGUCUGAUUAAACUGUGCAUGUAAACACACUGAGUGAGAACAGAGUUUUCCUGCUGAAUCUGACCGGCAGACCUGACCCCUGACAGAAUCUGGUCCUGCUGUUUUCUAUGUAGAUCAGUUCCCUAAAUGUGGCGUUUGGGUGACAGUAGAUAAACAGGUUCCUCACUGUAUGUGUCAACUUCAAAUUGGAGAUGAUCGUUUUUGUUUUAAUUUUGAGAGGAAAUCCUGUUUAGUUUAUCUGUAUUUUCCAACUCUGCAGCAGGACCGGUUCACCCUGACCCUCACAAUUGAAGUUCUCACCUGUUCUUAAACUCUCGUACCUGUGAGUCCCCCAGACCCGGGUCUGUGCUGAACCCCCUCUGGUCUGGGUUUUUUCAGACCCAGCAGCAGCUCAGCCUUCAACAGCUCCUGAUGAACCUCAGCGGACGAAAAGACAGGCCAUCUCUGCAGAACCCUCAGCGCUGGACCCGUCCCAGCUCACCGAUGUCACGCUCACCAGCUACUGCAAGACCAAAGAGUGAGCCCGCUAUACAACACACACACACAAAACACACACACGUGCUGUGUUUACCUGUGUGACCCCUCUGUGCUCCUGCAGGUCCAGAGAGUUGAUCCAGAGAGCUCUGAUGGACAACGACUUCAUGAAACACCUGGAGCACGGACAGGUAAGGACACACGUGGGGAUAUCCUCCUCUUCAUGUGUGUUUGUGUGUGUGUGUGUGUAAGAUGUGUGUCCUGUGUGCAGAUCCUCACCAUCAUGGACUGUAUGCACCCCACCUGUCUGGACAAAGGCUGCUGCGUCAUCCAGGAGGGGGAUGACGGCUCCAUGGUCUACGUCCUGGAGGGUGAGGUUCUUGACCCCGCUCUCUGCUCCCACCUGUCCUGUCUCACCUCAGCAGUCCUCUCGAAAAAAAGCCAAACUAGCUGCUGCAACAAGGAGGGUCCUCAUGAUCCAAGUCCAGUAAAAGUUCUACUCCAAAUUAGGGCUGGGCGAUAUGGGAAAAAGUUUAUCACUAUAUAUUUUUUUCAUAUCAAUCAAUAUCGAUAUAUAUCAGGAUAUAAAAAAUGAAAUUCAACAGUGCUUAUUGGUAGCAUGUCUUUUCCAAUACAAUGAUCUACUGCAUCUGUGAGGUCUUUGUGUCUCUUUGACGUUUUGUCGUAAGGCAUUGCUCUUGAGAAAGUGGACUGAAUGGUCGUCUGUUUCAGCUGCACAAGCGUCAUGGGCUCCUUGCUCCUCUCGGGGUUUGUAACCUUUUGCGUUGCGCGUGCUCCGCGGCGUGGCACUGCUUCAGGUGGUGAAAAUGAUUUGAGGUAUUCCCCGACUUUGUGAGAACAUGUACGCAACAUAAUCUGCAGCACACAUUACUCUGCUUCAUGUCCGACCUCAAAAAACCAAAAUAUCUCCACACCACCAACAUUUUCGUGCCAGUGUUGUCGACUCUGUCAUCAUCUGUUGAGCCCUCAUUGUCAUUUCUGUUGGGGGUAGCACUCAUUUUCUUUUUUUCUCACCAACAGUGCUGUCAAUUUUUUUUUUUUUUUGUCUGUGUCUCUGAUUCUGGAGUUUUCUCAGAUUUGUUCUGACCCGUCCAAUCACAGUCUUACCGGCAAUUUCCACAGCUACCAAAAGGCUGUAUCCGCCGAUCGUAGCUGAUCGUAACCAUUCAAGUUAACAUGUCAAUUUCCACUGACUUCUUUCUUUUCCUCUGUGGAUCGCCGGACUCCACAGCAGAUUGCAAGAGUUCUAUUUUUCCUGACGCCGGAGCAUUUCGGAUAAAUUUAGCACAGAUUAACUCGUGCUGGAAAGGAAGUCGGGCACAGACACAAAAUAAAACAUCCGGCUGCUUUUCAAAAUAAAACACCCCGUGUUUCCCCGGGAGGGGAAGGUUUACCCGGGAUUUCCACCAGAAUGGCCACGAUGUUCGCUGUACGCUAACUCCUACUGGAUCCGUUUGUGAGGUGAAUUUCAUGGCGUAUUACGGAGAGCAUGAAUCACAAGAACUCAAAGAAAUGCACGGAUUUACGUGCAAUCGCGCAAUAACAAGUUGUCUCUAUAAAGACAGACACAUAGACAUAUAAGCAGUAGAUUGUGUUGUUCCAGAGGAGGAAAUCUACUUCUAGACUUCUAGAAUCAGCAUCUCCUCACCCAUGGUGUCAUCGGGGGGGGGGAAAUGACGUCUAAAAAACUUUCAUUUGUUCAUCUCCGCCCGUUUGUAUGGUGUGAAAUACGAUCCACCUGAAAAUUUGAGUGUUUGAUUUUGAAAAGAAGCCGGAUGUUUUAUUUUGUGUCUGUGCCCGACUUCCUUUCCAGCACGGGUUAAUCUGUGCUGAAUUUAUCCGGCAUGCUCCAGUGUCUGGAAAAAAAUAGAACUCUUGUGAUCAGCUGUGGAGUCUGCCGAUCCACAACAGAACGGAAAGAAGCCGGUGGAAAUUGACACAUUCACUUGAAUGGCUACGAUCAACUACGAUCGGAGGAUACAACCUUUUCAUAGCCGUUCAGGAUGCGGUGGAAAUUGGACUUAAGGAUGCAAAGAUGACUAAACCUGCAGAAAAAAGCCACCUAACCAACCUUUAAAAUGUCUGCUGUUGGAUUGAACAUUUCCAAAACUCAUUUCUGCAACCGCUCUCUGAGCGACUCAAGUUUGCAUCUUUAAAGUCUCAAACUGCUAAUUUCUGUUUAUUCAACUCCAGUUUAUCGUUUCUUUAACUGUCCUGAUCCAGGUGUUCUCCAUACACCGGAUUCUUGACAAACCUGAGGCCAUGAAAACGCUCCUCAGAUCCUCCUUCAUGUCUCAGACUAUGAGCUGGGAAAACAAAGACGGUGGUAAUGAAGACAAACUGUCCUCUGCCGCUCGUUCCUGCGCAGUGAGACGGAAAUAAUCAGAGGUGAAAAGUGGAGUGAUGUGGACGGACAGCUCAUUUAUCUGAGAGGAGAUCAAACAGAGAAAGCAGCAGGAUGGGACAGGUUUGAUCAGUCUGCUGAGGUGUGGAGAUCAAACUCUGCAGCGGUCACAUGUUCCUGACACCUCCACUCCUCUGUCAACACGCGCUUUUUGUCCUUUAGUCUCAAGGACCGCCACUCUGUCUCUCUCUUUUUGUCUGCUGCUGUCAUGUCAGUUCUCUGAAGAGCUGCUCAAACACCUCUGACGCUGUUCAGUAUGUACGUUUGUGCAGACAUGCAGCGUCUCAGUCCAGGACACCUUUAUGUCCUCUACAGCGUCUGAUAUGAUCUUAAAAAUGUCAGAGAACAUGUGUUGGAGACAUUUAUCCCAUUUCCUCGGAUCCAUCCUGUCUCCUUUAGAAAGGCUCGACAUAUUGGCAGGAGCAGAACAAUGUAUAAAGAGCUGCUCCUCUGAAAAUAGAGGUUAUCUAAAAAAAAAAAUAAAAAAAAAACCUUUUUCUGCAGAAAACCACCAGGAUAAGGAACUAAUGGAAGUGGAUUUCUGUAUCUGAAGCUACGUUUCCUCUCUGAUGACAGUUUCUCUUCUUCUCCCAGAGCAGCCUUAUGUAACUGGUUGUAUUUUUAUCUUUGAAGGUGAAGCUCUUGUACAGUUUGGAAAUGAUGCCUUCAGAGUGUCUGAAUAAUAAUUAUCGAUGAAUAACUGAGUUAGUUUGAGAAAAAUAAGCCGAGACAGACCUAACCUGACUCACCUGACCCCCUACAGGCUUUUAUUUUGCAGGGUUAGUGUCCUUCAAAUUAAAGCUCUUCUUUACAUGUCAUGCAGGUUCAAGCAGAAAAAAAAGAGUUUCAAGUCCACAUUCAAAAAGCUGUAAACUCUAUUUUCUGACGAUUUCAGGAGACUGAAUCUACUUUAGUGAUUGGAAGAUAAGUUCUUUUGACUGUACUGAAUCUUUAGAAUCCGUUCAUUAAAACGAUUUGUUCAAAAGAUUCGUUUACUGAAUCAGUCAGUGUUUCGGAGCCUCGUCUCGUCAGUGCAGUACACCAGUGAGUGACACAGCAGCGAGUUCAUUCAUUGGACAUAGAAUAGAUAGAAUAGAAUAUUCCUUUAUUGAUCCCCCAUGGGGGAAAUUUUUUUGUCACAGCAGCAUCACAGACAAAGAGUGCAAAAAUGCAGUGAUAAAAAGAAAGAUCGUUAUAUUAAGAACUUAAAUAAAUGUAAGAAUUAAGAAAAAAUUUAGAAAAAGGGAGAAGAAAAAUAAAACUAUCUACAAUAUACACAAUUUAAGUACCAGAAAAAAGUGGUGGUGUGAGUCCAGUUAUUAUUGCAGUUCGUUGUAAAGUCUUAUUGCAGAGGGAAGGAGAGACCUGCGGUAGCGCUCCGUUCUGCAAGGUGGGAGUCUCAGUCUGCUGCUGAAGGAGCUGCUUAAGGCCCCCACAGUCUGGUGCAGUGGGUGAGAGGGAUUGUCCAUGAUGGAUACAAGCUUUGCUAACAUCCUCCUCUCACCCACCUCCUCCAGGGAGUCCAAAGAACAGUCCAGGACAGAACUGGCCCUCCUGACCAGUCCGUUCAGUCUCUUCCUGUCCCUCUCGGUGCUUCCUGCCCCCCAGCAGACCACUGCAUAGAAAAGUGCAGAUGCUACCACAGAGUCAUAGAAAGUCCUGAGCAGAGUCCUGCACACUCCAAAGGACCCCAGUCUUCUCAGCAGGUGGACACGACUUUGGCCCUUCUUGUACAGGACGUCUGUGUUGGUUGACCAGUCCAGUUUAGUGUUGAGGUGGACACCCAGGAAUCUGUAGGACUCCACCAUCUCAAUGUCCAGACCCUGGAUGUUCACUGGAACAGUCUGAGGUGUCCUCCUCCUGCGGAAAUCCACAACCAUCUCCUUUGUCUUACUGGCGUUGAGCUGGAGGUGGUUUGUGCCACACCAGCUGACAAAGUCAGUGAUGACAGUCCUGUAUUCCCGCUCAUCCCCUGACGAUACACAUCCGACAAUGGCUGUGUCAUCAGAGAACUUCUGGAGGUGACAGCUCCCAGAGUUGUAGCUGAAGUCUGAGGUGUACAGGGUGAAGAGGAAGGGGGAGAGCACUGUCCCCUGUGGAGCCCCCGUGCUGCAGACCACCAUGUCUGACACACAGUUCUGAAGCCUCACAAACUGUGGUCUGUCAGUGAGGUAGUCCACGGUCCAUGCAGCUAGGUGACAGUCCAUUCCCGCCCUCUCAAGCUUCCCCCUGAGCAGUGAAGGCUGGAUGGUGUUGAAAGCAUUGGAGAAGUCAAAAAACAUGACCCUCACAGUGCUGCCGGUAUUCUCCAAGUGGGCCAUGGACCUCUGCAGCAGGUAGAGGACUGCAUCGUCCACCCCGAUGUUUGGCUGGUACGCAAACUGCAGAGGAUCCAGAUGAGAGCUCACCAAGAGGCGGAGGUUCCUCAGCACAAUCCUCUCCAGAGUCUUCAUCAGGUGAGAAGUGAGGGCCACAGGUCUGAAGUGGUUGGGCUCCCUGGGGUGGGCUGUCUUGGGGACAGGAAUCACGCAGGAAGUCUUCCACAGUGCUGGGAUCCUCUCCAGACUCAGGCUCAAGCUGAAGAUGUGCAGUAGCACCUCACAGAGCUGGUCUGCACAGUCCUUCAGGAGUCUGGAGCUGAUGCCGUCAGGACCCGUGGCCUUCCUUGGCUUCAUCUUCCUCAGCUCACUUCUCACCUGGUCAGCUGUUAUGGAGAGGCUGGGGGUGGUGCUAGAGGGGGUGGUGGAGGAUGAGUGGAGGGUGGUUGAUGAUGCCGGUGCCAUGGGACUGAGGUGGUGUGAAGAAGAAGCAGACAGGUUGUUGGUUUGAUGAGUCGGGGGAGAAGUGGGAGCAGAGUCAAAUUUAUUGAAGAACAGAUUCAGCUCGUUGGCCCACUCCCUGUCUCCUGCUUCAGGUCCCCUCUCGUGGCCCCUGCUAUGACCUGAGAUGGAUUUCAGGCCUCUCCAGACCUCCCUCGCAUUGUUCUGUUGCAGAAGGUUUUCCAUCUUGGUCUUGUAGCUGGCCUUUCCCUCUCUGAUCUUCUUCUUCAGCUCCUUCUGCACCCUCCUCAGCUCCUCCUUGUCCCCGGAUUUAAAGACCCUCCUCUUCUCCUUCAGGAGGACUUUCAGUUCCGGGGUCACCCAAGGUUUGCUGUUGGAGAAACACCGUACUUUCCUGGUGGGUACGGUGUUCUCAACACAGAAGUUUAUAUAGUCCGUGAUACAAUCUGUCAUGGUGUCGAUGUCAUCACCAUGUGGGCCGCACAAUACAUCCCAGACUCCUGCAGCGCCUCAGUGGCCUCCUCAGACCAACUCUUAACAUACCUGAUGGUGGGGGGUUGUUUCUUCACCAUAGGUAUGUAAAUGGGCUGCAGUCUCACCAGGUUGUGAUCUGAGCGGCCCAGCGGGGGGAGGGGGGAGGAGGUGAAUGCAUCCUUGGUGUCUGCAUACAGUAAGUCCAAAGUUUUAUUGUCUCUUGUUGGGCAGUUUACAUACUGGCUGAAGGUAGGGAGAGUGGAGGAGAGCGAUGCAUGAUUAAAGUCUCCAGAGAUGAUGAUCAGAGACUGAGGGUGUGAUGUUUGUAGCUUGGACACUUCACUGUGGAGGAGUUCACAGGCUGCAGCAGCAUCAGCCGAGGGGGGGAUGUAAACAGUUAACGCGAUGACGUGCGAAAACUCCCUCGGCAGGUAAUAUGGCCGCAAACUCACAGCCAGCAGCUCAAUGUCCUUAGAGCUGUGCUAGUGCUCUUUAACACUGAUGUGCCCAGCAUUACACCAUCUCUCAUUCACAUACACCGCUAUCCCGCCUCCUUUCUUCUUACCACUCUCCCUCAUGCUCCGGUCCGCUCUGACGAGGUGAAAUCCGUCCAAAGUUACGAGCGGGUCCGGAGUGAGUUCGUUCAGCCAUGACUCCAUGAACAUCAUGAGGCUGCAUUCCCGGUACUCCCACUACAGCUGAGUCAGCGCUGUGAGCUCUUCCAUCUUGUUGGGGAGAGACCUCACGUUUCCCAUGAUGAUGGAUGGGACAGUUGGUUUAUAACAUCUCCGCUUUGCCCGAUGCUGAACUCCAGCUCUGCAUCCUCUCCUUCUCCUGCGGAGCUUGGCGGGGAUGUCGGGUUUCUCCCGACAGUUCAGUUUUUUUGAAUGAAACGUUCAUGAACGACACAACACUAAUCUACUUGUCAUGUGUCUGACUAUAAUUAUCAACGUUGGGGUUUACUUAGUGUCUAUACAACAAGGAUUCACUUUAUAGAAAAAACAGUUUCUUUUUGAAGGGCGUCUUUUAGACAUAAAACAGUCGAUCUAAUGUUUUAAAUCCAUCUGUUUGGAGAAAUCGAUGGAGCGCCUCAUUAUCACAUUAUCACUGAGGGUGCCCAAUGCAGUGGUCCUCAACUGGUCUCACUCUGGGACCCCAUUUUCCAAUGGUCCUUCAGUCGCGACCCACUUUUAUAAAAUUCAAACCAAGAAAAUUCAUUUUUUAUAAAAAAGAAAAAAUGUUUAAAGACUCAACUCUUUGACACAAAUACACCCGCAUUUCAGAGCACAUGAACUGAGGACGACAACUGCUGAAGUUGCAUAUACAGAAAAUAUUAAAUAUCGAAUUGCACAAAAGAAGAUAUUUUUCAAACUAAUAGACAUGUCAAACAUCAGAUGCACAUUAAAUAUUUACUUUUUUGACCAGCUGUUUGUGACCCAUCCAGAACGUGUCCACGACCCGUUUUUGGGUCGGGCCCCACCAGUUGAGAACCUCUGCUCUAAUGUUAUUCCUGCAGGAUUAUCACAUUUUUAAGUACAUCAGUCCUUUUAUAAACACGCUGAUCAUUGCUUUAUCCUCUGUUCACAGAGGGGAUGGUCGAAGUGACCAAACAGGGACAGAAACUCUGCACCAUCGGGCCGGGAAAAGUCUUUGGAGAGCUGGCCAUCCUCUACAACUGCACACGCACAGCCACAGUGACAGGUGAACACACACACACACACACACACACACACACACACACACACACACACACACACACACACACACACACAUACGCUCUACUGUCUGAUAAUCGUCAGUUUGAGGCUCAAAGGCGGUGAAAAUAGCUCAUCUGUCUGCUCCACAAUGGACCAGUCGACCCUAACAUCCUCGCUGAAGGCCACUUCAUCCGUCAGAGCUGCUGCAGAGAAAAAAAGGUUUGAACGGUUUCAUAAAUGUGCAAAGACCGUCAGUUUCAUUCAUCCUCUGAUUAUGAAAUUCACAAACAUGGUAAGAAGAGCUGGACAUCAGAAACAACGUUGGAAAUCGUCUCUGGAUGAUUCCAGUAGAUCAGAAAAAUCCGUUCUUGUUUCAUGUCUGAAACAGUUUUGGUUGCAGAUUGAAAACGGUCAAACCAUCACUGCAUGGACCCACUACACCCACAAAAGCCAGCGUGUGUCUCUGACCGCUCCAGCAUCCAUGAAAUGCCUCCAUGUGUUUGAUUCCUCUGUUUGGAAACCACAGAAAACUAAAGGAACUCCUGGACACUGAGAACAGUGAUGUUGAAUCUGCAGGGAGUGUGCAGACACAAACACCAGAUACUUUCCCACAGAUGUCGUCCAUUCAUGGGGGGAUAACAUAGGCUGUGUCCGAAAUGAAUCACUCAGUCCCUGACCCCUAACCCCCAUAUGGGGUUUUACGAUAUAGUUAACUAUGUAGUGAACUCAAUCACCAGAGGUUUCAGACACUACAAUGCAUGACGGGAUGCCCACCACCGAUGAGUGACCAUCGGAUGGUCACUACAUUUUGCAAUGCUUUAUGGGAAAUUUUGAGUCGCCUAUAUAGGGCACUGGAAUUGAUCACUCAGGUUUCGGACACCCCUCAAAAUUGUGCCAACCCCCAUAUAGUCACCUAUAUAGGGGUUAGGGAUCAAUUUCGGACACACCCAUAGACUGUAUUUGGACAACUUGGAUCGCCUACCGCCUGUAUAUGGAUUUGAAGCCAAAAAGCUCUCUGUAUUUCCGCGAUUUUUCUUCAUUUCCUGAAACCAGUGCUGCGCAGUAGCAAUGUGCGCAUUCGGCAGGAGAGUCGCUGAGAGAUGUUGUGAUGACGCUCGGCUCAAACAGCAUAUCCCCCGGUGUGUUACGCAAUCCCUGAAUGCCCAUAGGCUGUAUCAGAUGUCAAUCAUAGAAAACAUGAACCCCCUAAUAACUUUUAAAAAUGGAGCUGUACAGAAAAAAAGAGGACUUGAGCACAAACCAGUCUGACAGUAACUACAUGUCAACAUCACAACCAGGGGGGAGAAACAUUUAUAUUCUGUGUCACUAAUCUAUAAAGUUUGUCUACAGCUCCAUAAGGAGGCGGGAUUUAUGACCUAUAAUGCAGCCUGUCACCAAAGGUUGCUGUUCUCAGAGUGGCGUCACCCAGCGAGGAGGCAGACUCUGUCCAUUCUAUAUACAGUCUAUGGGAGAUAAGUUAGUGGACAUCAGUGUGGACUUUAUAAACCUCACUGGAGAGUCAGCUGUGGUCACUGAUGGUGUCUGAGAGAGCAGAAGACGUCCAGCUGAAGGAGAACUAAAGUCAGCAUUACAUAGAGAUGUGGACGUGUCUGAAAGUUCAGGAAAUCAUCUCCUGAGGGUUUUCUAUACUGGCGCUCUCUAGCUACUUUAUCUCUACGUCGAAUGUAUCAGUUUUAGAAAUGUAGGUUUUGUCUUAACCCUAGAACACUAUCACUAAAAUAAGUAACUGUGACUAUCGCUAUUGGGUGAUUUUUACCCAAAAUAAUAUACCCAAGAAAAAGUAUUUGUCAUCAAAAUAUUCCAAAAUAGGACAAAACAUGACAAAUUAAAGUAGUUUUAUUUAGUUUUUAACUGUGCAAUGUCCAAAAGGAGGAAAAAAAGUGCCAUGAGGGGACCAUGUAAAAAUGCAACAAAAUAACUGAAAUAAGGCAUUCAUGAACAAAAAAAUCCUAAUACAUACACACACACACACACACACACACACACACACACAUAUAUAUAUAUAUAUAUAUAUAUAUAUAUUAACUGUAGUUAGUUUCUUUUCCCCCCAUUCCUGGGGCAUGUUAGUCUUCCCUGGUGAAGACUCAGGGUCCUUGGCACAAUAACAGCUGCAGGAGAGAACCAAAAUAUGGCAGAUUUGGAGUGAGUAAAAAUGAUCAUAUGAAUUCCCUUGAAAAUCACUACUUUGUGAUAGUUAUUCAUAACCACUGCACUACAUUAAGAUAGCAUGUAAAUUCCAAGUCGACUCUUACUGACCUUAUUCCCUACAUGCAGCUAUCAAAUCCACCCAAACCUACUUUACCCUUUAUCACUAUUGCUGGGUGAAAAUCACCCUGUGAACACAUGCCUGUGGGAAAAAGCAGGUUUUGGAUCAGGGAAACAAAUAUGCCUUCAAAGAUGUCAAAGGAAAUGCUGAAGUUACCCAGGGACACAUGAUACUCAGACAAACGCAACAUCAUGAAAAUCAUGUAAACAUGUUUGGUCGGGUGAAAAUCACCCGGCGAUAGUGUUCUAGGGUUAAAGUCACAUUCUCCUGGUUAUAUCUGCACAGAGAUGUCUGAAGGUCUUUUGCAUACAGAGACAGCUCCAGGACAUGUUUUAGGAGAAAACUGUAAAGAUGUUUGUUUCAGACCUCCAACCUUCACCUCGGUGCUGACUGAUGCUGCAGAGCUCUGCAUGUUUCCUCUCUGCAUCUCAUCUCUUUAUCCUGCAGGCUGUCAGAUGAUGGAUGGACUUUAUCUGAUUUCUCUCGGUGUGUUUUUCACUCUGAAGUCUUGGCAGGAUUCAGAGACCAUGAUGGAAACAACUGUGAGCAUGUUUUGCACCUUGUGAAGAGGAUUUGAUCACAGUUAUUCAGAAACAAUCAGAUGGAUCUUUAAAAAUAUUUAGCUCUGAAAGGAAGACAGACCUGAGCUCACCCUCUCUCUCUCCGUGAAUCAGCGUCCUUGAGCCUUUUAGCGUCGUUAUAGUGAUCGAAAAAGGAGAGGAUGAAACUGCAGAGAAACACAAACAUCAGCUCAUCCUGAUGUGGGAAAUGUUCAUUUAGAGUCGGCUGUACUGAUUUAUCUGCACAGGAACAGGAAGUUUUUCAGCGUCCACACUUGUUCACAUGGACGUUAACGACUGACCAGUGAGAGACAGAAAAUAAGACACAGACAGAAGAGCAGAAGAUGGAAGAGGAGUGAAAGAUACAGAUGGAUGGAGUUAGAGAUAGAGAGAUGAAAUAAGGAGAGAGGUGGAGAGCGGGGUGGGGUGGGGUGGGGUUAAAGAACAUGGUAUCAUCUGCAUAAUACAGGAGUAAACUGGGGUGGCCGAGAACUGCCACUGUUGCAAAUAAAAAAGUGCAGAAAAAUAGAAGUUACACCAGAAAUUAGCGAUGCAAAAAAGAGAAAACGACGCACACUGCAAUUUAAAAAAGAAACGGUGCAGAUAAAAAAAAGCCACAACCUAAGUUAACGACACAAAAAAGUGGCGAUGCAAAAAAAUAAAAAGGUACUUAACUGCGAAAAUAAAAGGAUGCCAAUAAAAAAAAAAAAACACAAUGGAAGUGAGCUGCUGGGGACCACUAAUGAUGAUGCACUGGUGUUCUACAAUCCAGGCACAAAAGACGACAGCGAGAAGACGAGCAAAGAAGUAAGUGGAAAGGUUUUUGUUGAGUUUCAGUUCAACUUUAUAUCAACUCAGGCGCUACGUGGUCUAACCACAUGACACGUUGAAAAUCGCAAGGAGUGAAAUUCAACAAUAACCUUUCCACUAACUUCUUUGCUCGUCUUCUUGCCGUCUUCUGUGCCUAGAUUGUAAAACACCAGUGCAUCAUCAUUACUGGUCUCCAGCAGCUCACUUCCUUUGUGGCUUUCUUUAUUUGCAUCCUUUUAUUUUCGCAGUAAGUACCUUUUUUUUUUUCCAUCGCCACUUUUUUUUUUUUUGCGUUGUUAAUUCCCGUAGUGGCUUUUUUCAAAUCUGCACCGUUUUUUUUAUUUGCAGCAGCAGCAGCAGCAGCAGCGAUUCUCGGCCACUGUAGUAAACCAAAGGAGUGGAUAACUGCACUAAGAUUGAGUCAUUAAUAAAAGAAGAGGACCAAGAACUGACCCUGGAGGCACUCCUGCUGAUAGACAAUGUGGUUUAGAUUCUCUGAAAGAUAUUCUUUGAGGUAGGACCAAAACCACUGGGGUGCAGAUCCAGAGAGUCCUGGUAUUUUGUGUUUGAAGUAAUGUUUUAAGUGUGAUCUUUAAUAUAGUUUUAAAAUCUCUCUUUGUAGAGACUUUCCAUAACAAACCUGGAUUUGCCCGUUUCUGAGUACAUGGACUAAAAGCUGUGUACAGACUAAAAAUAAUAAUAAUAAUGCAUCAGAUUUCAUAUAGCUCUUUAUCAGAGACCUUCAAAGGGUUUUACAUUGGAUCCAUCAUUCAUUCGCUCACACAGUCACACCCUGGUGGUGGUAAACUAUCUUAGUAGUCACAGCUAACCUGGGGCAGACUGAUGGGAACAUGGCUGCCAGUUUGUGCCUACGUCCUCUCCAACCACCACCACAUAACACUUACAAUCAAACACCAGUGGAGGACACACACUGGAAGCAAGGUGGGUUAAGUGUCUUGCCCAAGGACACAACAGACAGACUCGGGAUAGGGGGGAAUCAAACCGCCAACCUUACAGUUAUUGGACAACCUAUCUAUCUCCUGAGCUACUGCCGCCCCACAAUAAAACCAUAUCUCUUUUUUUUCAUGAAUGGUAAGUUGUUUUGUUUUUUUGUCAAAUCCUGGUUUCUCAGUCUUUGUCUGUCACUGUAGCUCUAACGGACAUCAAGCUGUGGGCGAUCGACCGUCAGGGUUUCCAGACCAUCAUGAUGAGGACCGGUCUCAUCAAACACUCCCAGUACACGGACUUCCUCCGCAGGUACAGCUGACUCAAACGCUGAGGUGUUCAGAGCUCUCUGAUGGUCAGCAGGACUCACCUCUCUCUCUGUCUCUCUCUCUCUUGCUCUCCUCCCAGCGUCCCCUCCUUUCAGACUCUACCCGAGGACAUCCUCAGUAAACUGGCUGAUGUUUUGGAGGAGGUGAGGACAUCUAUGUUCAGCUCUUAGUUUUGAGUGUCUGUUCGUCUUCUUCCUGACUGACUGAUGAUGAGAACUGUCCUAAAGGCAGGAUUCUCAUCUCUCUGUCUCUCCAGACUCAUUACAGCGACUCUGAUUACAUUAUCCGUCAGGGCGCCACCGGAGACACAUUCUUCAUCAUCAGCGAAGGACAGGUGAGGAAGACAAAUGGUGAGACAGUGACGGCUUAUUCAGAGGGAAACACAGAAUAAUUACCGCAGAGGGAGGAUGGAGAAAAAUGAUGGUUUAACUCUGUAUCCUCAAUGUCACCUGAAAUUAAAACUAAGACUGAGAAACAUCAAAAAUAAACUCUUCAAUAAAAUCAUAAAACUAAUAAAUACUUUAGGAUUUCUGUUUUGGAGUGAGGGAAUUAAAAAAAGUAUGGUGUGUCUGUAAAAAAAAAAAAAAAAAGCUGUCCAAUGAGAAAAAGUCUGAUGUAAGAAAAAAUUCAACAUUCAAAAUUAUGAGAUUUAAAAGUUAAAAUAUGACAGACUGAGAUUUAGGACAAUAACAAAGUCAAAAUUAUAGAUUUAUGAUUCAAAACUGCAACAAAUAAAUUAAAAUAAAACACUGUUUGCAAAACUUAAAUGAGAUCAAAAAGUUAUAUAAAUAAGAAAGAAAGUUACAUAGAUGAGAUAAAAUAGUGUAAUAUUAUGAUAAAGUUAGGAAGACAAAAUAAAGUUAUACAGAUGAACGGUAGAAUAAAGUUGAAAAGACUUUGAAAAAAAUUCAAUACAGUAGAUAAAAUAGUUUGAUGAUAUAAUAAAGUUGAAAAACAAAAUAAAGUUAUAUAGAUGAAAUAAAAGUUAAGUAGAUCUAAAUUCUGAUUGAUUUAAUUUAUGUCAUUGUGACUUUUUCAUUUUAGAUUUAUGACUUUUUAUCUCAUCUCUCUAACUUUUUGUUAUAUUUUUACUGUUUUUCCUCCUAAAUUUGGAUUUCUGUCUCAUUUGGAGGAACUUUUUUUCUCAUUUUGUCCUUUGAACAACAUUUUAAAUGUCAAAAGUCCUCAGUAUGCCUCUUUAUCUCGCCAUGAUAACUGACAUUUAUCAUAACUGUUUUUAUCCAAUUAUGACUGUUUAAAAUCUCAUCAUGAUGAUUAAAACUUUUUAUCUCAUUUCAUUUUCUCAUCUCAUGUCGACUUUUGGACUUUUUACUCCGUCACUAUGACUACUAAUUUUGUUUUUUUAACUUUCUGGAUCAUGAGUUUAUUUUUAUUUUUUUUACCUUCAGUGUUAUCUCAUGAUGUUUUUUUUAACAUGAAAACAGUGACUUUUUGAAUCAGGGUCAUUUUUAUCAUUAUGAAUAAAUCUGUAAAUAUUUCUCAGCGUGACUCUUUUUUUUCCUUUAUGUAUCUGUAAAUGAGCCUCCGUACUUAAACUUUUAUUUCUGAUAUGAAAAUAAAUGAUGAACCAGCAGGUAAACGCCGCAUUCACCUGUGUGGUCCGCAGGUGAAGGUCUCGCAGCAGAACUUGGUGGGUGACGAGCCGGAGACGGUGAAGACUCUGUCCAAAGGGGACUGGUUUGGGGAGCAGGCUUUGAAAGGGUCAAACACUCAAACACACAAACAAACUGAGAAUUAUGGGGAAAUUGUCUCUGACUUUACUCCAAAAUAAUCCCGCUCUUCUUCUGUCUUUGUCUCUUCAGCGAGGACAUUCGCACCGCCAGCGUCACGGCAGUGGGAGAUGUCACAUGUCUGGUCAUAGAUCGAGAGUGAGCAAGGAUCUAUGUUCACUUUUUAAAUCAGUUUUUACACGCCGGUUCGAUCCGUCUUUAAGAGCUCUCUGUGUUCAGACACUCUUUUUUUUUCAGGUCUUUCAAACAGCUGAUUGGAGGACUGGAUGAUGUCAACAGCAAACAGUGCGACAGCGACGAGGUCAAAGCGAAGUGAGCUUAUUCAGAGAGUUGAAGAGCUGCUGCUGAAGGUCUGGUGAAGAAGACUCAGUGAAGGUUUCAGAGUAGACCUUUGAGUCCUCCAGACAGAGUCAUCUCAUAUCCCUGUGAAUGGAAGAAACAUGUCAGGAUUUAGAGUAUAAUAAUUCUCAGACUGACUGAGGCAUAGGUGACUGACUGGUAAAGGGGCGGAGCUAACCCGCCUGCUCCUUCACAGUAUCAAACCAUCCACUCUGUCAUGUCCCUGGUGGGAGACAUCCUGCUGUAAUCCUCUACCCUCAGCUUCCUCCUCCUCUAACCUGUUUGCCCAAACCUGUUCACCUACUCUCUUCCAUCAGCCACUUGUUUGUAGCAAGACCUCAGGCCAGUCCAUUAAGGACUACAGCAGGUUGACACAGCUCAAGGAAGAACAUUUAUGAUCAUUUCUUUAUCAUUUCCUUGAAGUAAUAAUCAUCAUAUUAAUCAUUUUCACUGCAGACGCGGUAGUUCUUCUGCCUUAGAGUCUCAGUCUGAAUGUAUUUCCAUGAAGUAAUGAUCGUAAAUGUUCUUCCUUGAGCUGCGUCACUCCGCUGUAGUCCCUAAUGGACUGGCCUGAGGUCUCGCUACAAACAAACAGCUGCUGUAGGAGAGUAGGUGAGUUGUGUUUAGUCUCUUUGCUAAAGAAAUUAGUCAAAGUUAAAAAGAUGUUUGGUGGCUAGUGCUAUGGCUGGGACCCUAUAUGUACUGUUGAUGAAGUUAGGUGCGGUUCUGAGCAUUAUUUGUGGCUAUAAAGUGGCGUUUUGCUUGAGCGCGUGACAUUCUAUAUUGCUAUUGUGCGGUCGUUACUAAAGUUGGUAUGACUAGAGAAGCAAGCGGUCGGCAACAUUCAUCUCUCGAGGGGUGUCUAACUCAGUGUUACGGUGUGUUUGACCCUAAAUUAAUUUUACGCCAGAAUAUCCCUUUAAUACCUCUUCUUGUGAAGCACACUCAUCUUCUUCAUCAUCGUCAUCAUCGGUUAUCCUUCACUCUCUCUGUCAUGUGCAGGCUGCAGGCGGAGGCAGAUUUCUUCUCCAGUGUGUCUCUGAGUGAUAUCAACAUCGUCUGCACUCUGGGGAUGGGAGGCUUCAGCCGUGUGGAGCUGGUGGGUCGAUGAAGAAACUCUGAUGAUGUAUUCAAACAUGUUAAUGUGUCUGAACACACGUGUGUGUUUGUGUGUUCAGGUGCAGUUAAAGAACGACACGAGCCGAUCCUUCGCCCUCAAAGUGUUGAAGAAGCGUCACAUUCUGGAUACCAGCCAGCAGGGACACAUCCUGUCAGAGCGCUGCAUCAUGAUGGAGGCGCACAGUCCCUUCAUCAUCAGGUCAGACGGACGCACCGGGUCUCUGAGGACCACUCCAGAGUUCUGUCUAAUUUCAAUGCUGUCCUGCCUGGGGCCCUAAAGACACUCUCCAUUUGGUCUCCUGCAGAUUGUACCGGACCUUCAGAGACCCCAAAUACCUCUACAUGCUGCUGGAGGCCUGUCUGGGAGGUGAACUGUGGACCCUGCUGAGAGACAGGUUGGUCCUGGUUUGUUCUGUUUGGAGUAAAGGUUCUGAGAAAGUCCGUGAAAUCCUCAGUGUCAGGAUUCUACUCCUAGGGGGUCAUUCGAUGACGGCACCACUCGCUUCUACACGGGCUGUGUGAUCGAGGCUCUGGCUUUUCUGCACUCCAGAGGGAUAAUCUACAGAGACCUCAAACCGGAGAACAUCAUCCUUGACCACAGGGGAUAUGCCAAACUGGUGUGCACAUGCAGAAUCUGGAUACCCAGUCAACAUAGAUGGGAUAAUUCUCAUAGGACCCCCUCAUGUGAUGUGUUUGUCUGCCCAGGUGGACUUUGGCUUUGCCAAGAAGGUGGGUCUGGGGAAGAAGACCUGGACUUUCUGUGGUACUCCAGAGUACGUGGCUCCUGAGAUCAUACUGAAUAAAGGACAUGACAGCUCAGCAGACUGCUGGUCUCUGGGGAUCCUGGUCUUCGAGCUGCUUAGCGGGAGGUAGACCAGCAGACGUUCUGUGAAGCCUGUUUUUCUGUCUUUUAUCAUUUCUGAUGAGUCUCAGUUUCACUGUAAAUCCUGAAAGACAUCUAACUAAAGCCGUAUAAUUCUGUAUAAUUCUAAUUAUUUUGGGUUUGUCUUGUAGUUAAUGGUUCUUUAGUUUUCUUAGAGGUGGUGUAGUCAGGAUCAGAGGAAGUUCCAGUUUUUAGGAGAAAUCUUGAAUGUAAACUCUACCCCUCCCAACCAGUUUUCCCCUCAGCUCCUCCUCUCCCCUCCCGCUCUGCUCCAACAAGCCCCACCCACAAACAGACGCUCCUACCAGCUCGUAUCGUUCCAAUUAAAUUCAGAUAUAAUGCAGAUAAAUACUUCAGAUAAUUACAAAUGGGGCCCAGUCAAGGUGAAAGUCAAAAGCAUUGGUGCUACUGUAGAUGCCAACAGACUACCAGCAAACACAAUGUUUGCAGGACUUCUACAACUAGGAUAAAGGGACAUAGUCCAGGACCUGAGGUCAACAGUUUAGCUGCACUACAACACGCUACAGCAGGUCCCGUUUGACAAGAAACACUUCUGUUACAGACACUUUGUUUACUUUGUCAAAGCGAUUUACCUGUCCAGCAGAAAGUUAACAGGGUCCGCAAGAUUCCGAAGCAUCCCCCGUCGUUUAUGUUGACCCAGCUUUAAGCUCUUGUCCGGUCUACCUCCGUUUUAAGCGCCCGUUAUUCCGCCAGAGUCUCUGGUAUUUACUUUGUUUUUUUGCUUGUGUUGGGAGUCGCGGCAAAAGGAGGAUUCAGACAAUUUUCCGAACUUUCUGGUUGGUUUCUACUGUCUGAUAUUGUAGCACACUAACUUUGUUUGGGCUCCUGAACGACACGGGGAAGCAGCGUCUGCCUCACAACCAAUCAGGUUGAGGAGAUGGAGAAUGGCUUUAUUUACAAUCAGAAAGAGCAGACCGCUCAAAAAUGUUAAAAUGUUGACUUCACAGACAUAAUAGCGAACACAGCGAUAUUGUUAUUUUACUAAAUGAUCAUCGAUAACUAAUAACUAUUGACUGGUAUUAAAAGCAUUUCUGUAAAUACACAAAAAAAAUAUACAAAAAAAGAUUCUUCUUUAACGGAAUCCUGCCGACCCCAUCUUUAAAUGAGGUGAUGAUUCAGAUUCUUGGUGAGUCUGAGUUUCACUGUCAGGAGAAAGUUUAACAAAAGCCUCAAACUCGACCACUAAAGCAAAAGAAAACAGGUCUAAGGUUUCUAAAAAAUAACAUCAGGAUUCAGAUUCCCAGUGAGUCCCAGUUUCACGUUAAAUACCAAGUUACACCAAGACCCCACACGUAACGAUUUAAUGAGGAAACCUGUAUUCUUGAGAUAAACAAAUCUCAGGUAACCAAAAACAGCAACAGAGUCUUAGUUAGUGGAAGUGGUUUGGGUUCAGGAGAGGAUAAAUCUAAUUUACUGGCUGUUUUUAGUCCCCCAUUUUCUGGAUCAGACCCCAUGAAGACCUACAAUAUCAUCCUGAGAGGCAUCGACAUGGUGGAGUUCCCGAAGAAGAUCACAAAGAGCGCCGCUAACCUCAUCAAACGGCUCUGCAGGUUUUCAGAAAAUCAUAAAUGUACAGAAAUGUCAAAAACACACAAAAAAACAUGUCUGCUCAUGUGCUCGUGUUUUCUACAGAGACAAUCCUUCAGAGCGACUGGGGAACCAGAAGAACGGCGUCAAGGACAUCCAGAAGCACAAGUGAGGAUGGAAAGCUGCUUUUAUUACUGUUUCCAUGGCAGAUGAUGCUAUUGUCAUGGCAACGUGUUGCUGUCCUUCAGGUGGUUUGAGGGCUUCAACUGGGACGGACUCCGACGGGGAACCAUCGACUCUCCAUACACGCCCAGUGUGAGUGUUGAUCAGUGUCUCAGCGAGGUCAAAGUUCACAGGUGAGAAAGUUGACCUCCUGUGUUCUUCUUCUUCAGGUGGACGGUCCGCUCGACAACAGCAACUUUGACUUUUUCCCUGAGGACACGGACGAGCCUCCUCCUAACGAGGAGUCUGGAUGGGACCUGGAGUUUUAG